AUGAAGGAGCUAAGGCAGGGUGUGAAGCUGAAGCAGGUCCAGGGGACGGCAUUCCUACCUCUACCCUCAGAGUUCAGCCUCACGCCCUUCGAGAUGCUCAUGCAGGACAUCCGCACACGCAAGUUCCAGCUGCGCAAAGUCAUGGUGGAAGGAGACAUUCCCACUCGUGUGAAGAGAGAUGCCCACGAGCUCAUCCUUGAUUUCAUCCGCUCCAGGCCUCCGCUAAAACCUACGGCUGCCCGCUCCCUGGCUCCCCUGCCCUCACAGCCCCAGAGCCUCCAUGAGCAGGUCCUGGCCCAGAUCAAGCAGGAGCGAAAACUGCGGCCCAUCCCACCAGCCAGGGCGUUUGGCUCCCUGCCUUGCCUCGCACAGUCCUGCUCCUGUCAACCCAAGUCCAGCUCGUGCAUGGAUCUGUCUGUGGGCCGGCCCCGGGUCCUGCUCAAGGCCCCCACCCUGGACGAAAUGGAUGAGAUGACCAGCUCUGAGGAGGAUGAGAGCUCAGAGGGUGUGGACCGUGGUCCUCUCAAACGGGACCGGUCCUUCUCUGAGCAGGAUGUUGCUCUGCUGCGGGACGCCCAGGCCUCUGCGCCUUUACGACUCAGGACUCUGCCCAGUGCACGAGUGCCGCCCCGGCACAGGGGUAAGUACACUGCAUCAUAA